AUGCAUUCUCUUCUCAGCACUCUUCACACUUACAAGUCUGUUGAUACAAUUCUAGAUAAAAAUGAAGUGGUGAACUAUCCUCCUGAAUUUCUGAAUUCAUUGGAGCCUCCUGGACUACCUCCCCACAUAUUAGCACUUAAAGUUGGAACUCCUGUAAUGCUACUCCGCAAUCUGGAACCACCAAAUCUUUGUAAUGGAACACGACUCGUGAUAAAGAAAAUGAUGUCACAGGUUAUCGGGGCUAUCAUUCUUUCUGGAUGUGGAAAAGGUGAUGCCGUCUUCAUUCCAAGAAUUCCUCUUUCACUAUCAGGAGCAAAAACUCCAUUUACAUUCAGAAGACUGCAAUUCCCCCUUCGUGUCAGUUUUGCCAUGUCCAUUAACAAAUCUCAAGGUCAAACCCUCUCUGUAGCUGAUCUUCUCUUGGAAUAG